GUUCUUUCGAUCGGUUUAGCUAAAUAUAUCAUAAAAUGGUUAAUAAAGAGUUAUCUGAGUUACAGAUUAGAAGAGAAAAAAAACAAGGAUCCCUAAUAAUACAAGAAGGAACUGAUUCGUCAAUUUCAAGAAGCUAUAACUUUAAUGUAUGUCACAACAGAGAUACCUUUGCCGAGUUAAAGAGUGUUUAUCUAAUUUCCUCCUUUUAAUAAUUACAUGAUUCCUUUUUUUUAUCACUAUAACCAAAAGUAAUAGAAAAGAACAGGCUUUCGAAAGAAUUCUGUUCAGUCUUUAAGAUUUCGAAUCUUGAGUGUUCUCCUAUCUUAGUAUGUGAUUAUCUCUUUGUAGUGUUGUAUUUCAGGUUACAAACACUUACAAGUGAGGUUAUAAAGCAGUGUUAUAAAUUAUAUUAAUCUCUACAAGCAUUCAAAUUUAAUUCAUUAUGGCGAUACCUUUAUUUCCUACUUUGACGCCACGUAUAGUUGAUCCCCUGUGGUUUAGUGUUGAUAAAGCUUUGAAUGAUGAAACAGAAUUAAUCCAAUUGGAACUGGAACACAGGAAUUGGCUCACCAAAAUUUCUCAAAAAGAUUCCGAUCUCAUACCAAUUGGAAAAACUGCUACAGAGAGAGAAGAAGAAGAGGAAGAAGAAGAAGAAGACGAUGAUACAAAUGAUGACGAAGAAAGUGAAACUCAGGAUGAUGAAGAUGACGAGAUGGAAGUUGAUGUACCUUAUGAUCGCAGUGAAGCUCCACCAGGGUAA